AUGUCACUGUCGUCCUCGUGCUACAAGGCCACCCAAUCUGAAAGUAUCCCCCAUUGCCAGUAUGAAAAGAUAGCAAUCACAAUGACACCAACCGCCCGUCAGCGUCGCCAGCUUGUAUGCAACGACGACGAUGACGAUGAGUCAAACAGCAGAAACAACAACGCAACUCAUGUGACCACUAUGCUGCGCGUAGACUGCACUGUUUGCGUCGAGUAUCCUCAGUACCCUUACAGCAUCCAUGUCUUUGCUCUGGAGGAUUUGGAUGUCAUUCUGGACCAGGGAUUGCUGACACACCCAACCUAUACAUUGGAUCAAAAAUCCAUUACGGCUGCAAAGUUAUCCGAGGCACUACUAGAUCCAUCCAACAUCACAAAUGAGUUUCUUUGUGCCGCCAUAUUCCAGCUCUUCUGUGACCGAGUCGCUCCGAUUUACCCAUUGGUAUUUUCACCGGAGUACCGCAUGAAAUUGGCCGAAUUGACACGCUACAUACCCCCUAUCGCUCAAUCAAUACAUAACUUAAUCACUCGUCAGCAGAGCCAUGAUCAUCAGCACCACCAUAAAUAUGCUAGCGAGACCAGUAAAAUUUGCUUGGCACUUAUUCAGGCAACAGCAGCAUCUCAAUCAAGUAGAGCUCUUCGACCGAUUUCGGAUCAACAGAACCCACAACAGCUAGAGGAUGAUACGUGGACAAACGUGGUGAUCGCUCUUUACUGCUAUUUCAAGGGUACAUUACCGUUUCCGAAAUAUGAAAAGAUAAAGGGCAUUACUGUUUCUACAACUGAAACUUCUUUCACUGCUGCUGCCGCUCAGCAGAGAGGCACGCCAACUCCUUACGAGUCCGUUGUUGAUAGGUGGACGCAGUACGACUACUAAAAAAAAUAUCAUUUCUUAACAAAGCACAUCUUCAAAUUAGCGAUUAUCG